AUGACACAGCGGCGGCCGCCGGCCCCGCCCGCGCUCGGCGCCCGCCCUGGAGACCGGCCGCGCGGCGGGGAUGGGCGCCAUGGCCCGGGCGGCGGCGGCGCGGCGGGCGCGGCGGGCGCGGGGCGCGCGGGCCGGCCCGAGCCGGGGGAGCUGUCCCUGCAGGCGGUGCUGGCGGCCUACGAGCAGCCGCUCAACGAGGAGCAGGCCUGGGCCGUGUGCUUCCAGGGCUGCCGCGGGCUGCGGGGCGCGCCGGCCGGCGGGCGGCGCAUCCGGGACCCGGCGGACCUGCUGCUGCGCAGGGACGGCUCGGUCGGCGCGCGCCCCGCGCCCGGCGCCCAGGAGCCCACAACAAUGGUGGUGUCGCCAGCCAGCUCAGAAGCCCAGGUGGUGCAGUCGCUGGGCUUCGCCGUGUACCGCGCGCUGGACUGGGGGCUGGCGGAGAGCGAGGAGCGCGAGCUCAGCCCGCAGCUGGAGCGGCUCAUCGACCUCAUGGCCAACAACGACGCGGCCGGCGAGGAGGGCGGCGCGGCCGACGAGGGCUACGGCGGCCCCGAGGAGGAGGAGGAGGCCGAGGGCGCGCGCGCCGUGCGCACCUUCGCGCGGGCCAUGCGCCUCUGCGCCGCGCGCCUGCCCGACCCCGGGGGCGCCGCCGCGCACUACCAGGCCGUGUGCCGCGCGCUCUUCGUGGAGACGCUGGAGCUGCAGGCCUUCCUCGCCCGCGUGCGCGAGGCCAAGCAGAUGCUACUGAAGCUGCGGGAAGAGGAGCCUCCGGGGGAGGAGCCGCUGGCCGAGCUGAACCACCUGGGGCACACGGACUGGACCCGACUCUGGGUGCAGCUGAUGCGCGAGCUGCGGCACGGGGUGAAGCUCAAGAAGGUGCAGGAGCAGGAGUUCAACCCCCUGCCCACCGAGUUCCAGCUCACGCCCUUCGAGAUGCUCAUGCAGGACAUCCGCGCCCGCAACUACAAGCUGCGCAAGGUCAUGGUGGACGGGGACAUCCCUCCCAGGGUGAAGAGAGACGCGCACGAGCUCAUCCUGGACUUCAUCCGCUCCCGGCCUCCGCUGAAGCAGGUCUCCGAGAGGACGCUGCGCCCCUUGCCCCAGAAGCAGCGCAGCCUGCAUGAGAAGAUCCUGGAAGAGAUCAAGCAGGAGCGGAGGCUGCGGCCAGUGGGGGCCGAGCGCUGGGGUGGCCGGGGGUUUGGCUCCCUGCCCUGCAUCCUCGACGCCUGCUCUGGGGACCUCAAGUCCACCUCCUGCAUCAACCUGGCCGUGGCGGAUGCCAGGGGCAGCGCCCAGCGGCCUCGGCCCCGGGUCCUCCUCAAGGCGCCCACCCUGGCGGAGAUGGAGGAGAUGAGCGCCUCUGAGGAGGAGGAGUCCCCGUGCGGGGAGGUGGCCCUGAAACGUGACCGCUCCUUCUCGGAGCACGACCUGGCCCAGCUCCGGAGCGAAAUGGCCGCUGGCCUCCAGCCAGCCCCUGAGCCCCCAGCAGGAGCAGAGCCGGCCCGGCCCCGCGUGGGCAGUGCACUUGCCUGGAGACCCGGUGCCCAAGAGCAGGGCUUCCCCGCCGUGGACAUCCAGGACUCCCCUGACCCUCGCUCCCCACCCCGCAGCCACCGCAGUGCCGGGGAGGCCAGGACAGAGGACUCGACAGCCCCUGACAGUCACCCCUGGCUGGAGUUCAGCCACCCGGCGGAGAGCCUGGCACUGACGGUGGAGGAGGUGAUGGAUGUGCGCCGAGUGCUGGUGAAGGCGGAGAUGGAGAAGUUCCUGCAGCACAAGGAGCUCCUCAGCAGCCUGAAGAAGGGGAAGAUUUGCUGCUGCUGCCGGGCCAGGUUCCCGCUCUUCUCCUGGCCGUCCAGCUGUCUCUUCUGCAAGAGGGCCGUGUGCAGCUCCUGCAGCGUGAAGAUGAAGAUGCCCUCUAAGAAGCUGGCGCACAUCCCCGUCUACGCGCUGGGCUUCGAGAGCCCCCCCAGGGCGCCGCCCCCAGCCAAGGCCACGCCCGCGCAGAGGAGGGACGCCUCCCAGUCCUCGCCUGCGCCUCGAGUGGAGGAGGAGUUCCCGCACAUGUAUGCGCACGGCUGCGUCCUCAAGGACGUGUGCGCCGACUGCACCCGCUUCGUGGCCGACGUGGUGCGCUCCAGCCGCCAGAGCGUGCACGCCCUCAACGCCUCGCCGCGCCGCGCGCGCCAGACCCAGUCGCUCUAUGUCCCGCACACCUGGACGCUGGACUUGCAGUGACCCGGCCGGGGCCUGCACGGUGGCCGGGCCUCCGAGCGGAGCCGGGCUGGUCCUGGGCCAGGGAGACCCCAGCGUGCAUGUACAUAUAUACAGAUCGAUGCAUU